AUGACAAAUAAUAACGAUGAUUUGUUACUUCAGUGGUUAAAUGAAGAGAUUCCGUUAGAUAAUAAUGAGAUUACCGACGAAGAAUUAUCAGAUGACGAAGACAAUAUUACGAAAGGUAAAGAUUUUUUUUCUGUGAUCGAUAAUAAUCCAUCUGAAGAAAAUAUAGUGACAAAUGAAUUAGAAAUUGAAAAUGAAGAUAGUUUUGAAUUUAUUCUGGAUAAUACUGAUAUUAAUUUUUCAAAUAUAAUUGAGCCAGUAGAACCUGUAGUGAUAGCUGUGCCGACUUCUACUCAAAUUGUCAAUCUCCACGACACUUCUGGCCCUUCUAAUAAUAUCAAAUCUCCGCCUUCCAAAAAGCUUAAAAACACUUCAAAAAAAAAAAAGAAGAUAUCUCACAAAUUCGCCGUAAAUGGAAAAAGAUAA